AUGAGACAAAAAAAAGAAGAGAUCGAGGCGUUUGCUUUCUAUUUAAAGACUACAUUAGUAGCUCAUCAUAUGGUUUUAUUCAAGCUAUCUACAAUUAACAACGAUUCACUGACUUACAAUAUGUCUAUCCCCGGAGAUAAUAUGUCUUUCCUCGGAGAUUACGAUCACCUCAAAAUUCAAAUGAAAGAUAUACUAUCAGCCACCCACAACUUUGAUCCCGCCAAGGAGAUCGGGAAAGGUGGUUUCGGGCGGGUCUACAAAGGAGAAGUAUCUCUCCGAGGGGGCCGAAUCAUGGUCGCUUUUAAGAGAUUAGAUCGUAGAUUCGGUCAAGGGAAUACCGAGUUUUGGAAGGAGGUGAUGAGGCUUUCAAAGUACAAACAUGAAAACUUGAUAUCUCUCAUGUGCUAUUGCAUUGAGGGUAAGGAGAUGAUCCUCGGAUACGAGUAUGCGUCUCGUGGAAGCUUGGAUAGCUAUCUACCUGAUCCUAGGCUCACAUGGACCCAACGCUUGAAGAUAUGUGUUGGGGCCGCACGUGGCCUAAAUUACCUACAUGAUCCCAGGGGGGCACAACAAAGACUUCUCCAUCGAGAUAUCAAAAGUGCAAACUUCCUUCUUGAUGAAAAUUGGAUUGUAAAAGUUUCCGAUUUUGGUCUAUCAAAAGCUGCCCCAGCUAACCAAGCGCAAACAGUUGUUGUUUCCAAUGCUCUCGGAACGCACGGGUAUUGUGAUCCCUUGUACAUGGAGGAGGGUUUCCUGUCGAAAGAAUCCGAUGUGUACUCUUUUGGAGUCGUGCUGUUUGAAGUUUUGUGUGGGAGGUUGUGUUUUGAAUGUACCAAAAAGGUGAGCUAA